AUGGGGACUCUGUUUAUGGAACAGUUUUUGCAUGAUCUAAAUUGUGGGAAGUAUGUUGAAGCCUUUAAAGAAUGUGAAAUCCUGAAUCGUGAUGAUAUUGAACACCUUGAUAGAGAAAUUUUAGAAGAAUUAGGUGUCUCUAAACUGGGUGAUCGUAUACGUAUUUUAAAUAAAGCCAAACUUUUAAGAGAAAGGCGAUGUGAGAAACUGACAGAUCAAUUAAAUGGCAUUAUUGAAAAAAUUAACUCUUUAUCAACAACUAAUAUGAAUGUCACCGACGAUUUAAUUGCAAUGGACAAACACUCAUCCAUAUUUAUACUUAAUGAUGGGUCUGCAAAGAAAGUUAAUGUAAAUGGGUGUUUCAAUGCAGAAUUGAUUAAAAAAAGAUUAAUAAAAAGAUUACCUUCAGAGUUGAUAGCAUUGGAUCAAAGUGGCGAAGAAACAAAAUCUGCAGAGGAUUAUGAUGUUUUUGUUGUUAAUUAUGAGAAGAACAUUUUGCAUUUACUUUACGAUGUGGAAUUGGUUACCAUCUGUCAUUCAUCUGAUAGAAUUGAAAAAAAUCGAUUGAUAUUUAUUUCAAAGGAUCAAACACCUAGUGACAAAGCUUUAGCAACUUCUAAGAAGUUAUAUUUGAGGACUUUGAACUUCACAAAUAAAAAGCAUGUGUUACAACCUGAAAAUUUACUAGGAUCAAACAAUUUAAUCUUCUCUGGAUAUGCGCAAAAUGAGAACAUCGGUGUCGGUCAACCGUUGAAGAUGGAUAAUACAAAAGGUCAAUUACGUAGGAUUUUUAACCAAAGACCACCUAGUGAAUUGAUAUCCACAAAUUUGACAGGUUACUUCCCAAAAGCAGAUAUGAAACAUUUACAAAAGACUUUAAAGGAUUCUUUCCGUCAAUCUGUGAGAUUAACAAAUGGACGUAGGAGAACAAUAGAUUCUGAGUCGAACAAAGUUGGUGAUAUUAUCUUGAAACAUAAUACAGCUGUUGACAAUGCAUUACUUGGAAGUUUGCCCCAAAAUGAUCCUCAUUCAACGGUGAACAACAAAAUAAGCACUACACCAGGAAACCCAGGGCAUACACAAGCAACAGCAGAUCCAAAUCAUAUCAAACUUGUUCCAGAAAUACCUGAUGACAUAUAUGACAGUGAAAAUGAUAUCUUCUCCUUACCAACUACUGUUUCAACUCCUAAAGCAUGGUUGAAAGGUGCGUGUAUUGGUAGUGGUAGUUUCGGUAGCGUGUACCUAGGUAUGAAUGCAACUACUGGCGAACUGAUGGCAGUAAAACAAGUCGAGAUACCAGCUGAUAUCUUGGGUACUGAAAUGAAUAUAAAUGAUAAGAAAAAGAAGUCUUCAGUUUACAAAAAAAUGGUUGAUGCUCUACAACACGAAAUGAACUUGUUAAAAGAGUUACAUCAUGAAAACAUUGUUACCUAUUAUGGUUCAUCCCAGGAAGGUCAAAAUUUCAAUAUCUUCUUAGAAUAUGUCCCAGGUGGUUCAGUGUCUUCGAUGCUGAAAAAUUACGGUCCAUUUGAAGAGUCAUUAAUUAUAAAUUUUACCAGACAAAUUUUGAUAGGUGUUGCCUAUUUGCAUAGGAAAAAUAUUAUUCACAGAGAUAUCAAGGGUGCCAAUAUUUUAAUUGAUAUAAAAGGCUGUGUCAAAAUUACUGAUUUUGGUAUUUCGAAGAAAUUAUCUCCAUUAAAUAAAAUCAAUGCUGAAAAUAAUGAAGAAUCUCCUGAGAAGAAUGAAAAGGUUCGUCCACAAGAAAAUGAGAAGAUUAAUAAAAGAGUUUCGUUACAAGGUUCGGUAUAUUGGAUGGCCCCUGAAGUGGUAAGACAAACUGCCGCCACGGAAAAGAUUGAUAUUUGGUCUACCGGUUGUGUUAUUAUCGAAAUGUACACAGGUAGACACCCAUUCCCAGAAUUAUCACAGAUGCAAACUAUUUUCAAAAUUGGAACUAAUACAGCACCAGAACUUCCAUCCUGGGCCUCUCCAAACAGUGUCGAUUUUUUGAAGAAAACAUUUGAAAUCAAUUAUGAGAAGAGACCAAGUGCCGUUGAGUUAUUAUUGCACCCAUGGCUUGAUGCGAGAAUCAAAUAA